AUGUCGGGCUUGAAACUGGGCACCACUGCCUUCAUCUACGGUCGCACAGCCACCAAAACCAAACCCCUCUCAUGGACCCCUAACACAAGAACAACCCCACCCCAACAUCCCCGCAGAGCUGGUCUUGUCACAGAUUUAGGUUCGUCUGUGCCAUCACCACAGCCUCAACCUCAACCUCAGUCUCAGCCAGAGCCAGAACCUUCCAAAUUGCUUACUCUGCCAACAGUUUUGACUCUAGGCCGUGUCGCCGCUGUGCCACUUCUUGUUGCUACUUUCUACAUGGAUGGUUGGCGUGGAACUGCGGCUACUACGACUAUUUUCGUCGCUGCAUCAAUCACAGAUUGGCUUGAUGGCUAUCUUGCUCGCAAGAUGAAGUUAAAAUCUUCAUUCGGGGCAUUCUUAGAUCCGGUAGCUGACAAGCUUAUGGUUGCUGCCACACUGGUCUUAUUAUGUACUAGACCAUUGGAUGUCGGUGUGUUUGGACAAGCACCGUGGCUGCUGACUAUACCUGCAAUUGCCAUAAUUGGUAGAGAGAUAACCAUGUCCGCAGUCAGGGAAUGGGCUGCUUCCCAGGACAGUAAGCUUUUAGAGGCUGUUGCUGUAAAUAACUUGGGGAAGUGGAAGACAGCCUCACAGAUGACAGCAUUAACCAUCCUUCUUGCAACCCGGGAUUUGAGCCAAGGAGGAGGAGGUGCCAUUGUAGUAGGCUCUGGUGUUGUUUUGCUUUAUACUUCAGCAGGGCUUGCCGUAUGGUCGUUGGUUGUAUAUAUGAAGAAAAUAUGGAAGGUGUUGUUGAGGUAG